CUCAAGUCCUGCCUGGCUGUAACUAGGCUGUCUUGCAUUGAGUCCGCUCGUGGUCAGUGCAGCGCUUGUUCCUUUGCUGCCCCGACCUUGUCGAUCGUUGCUCUGACCGUCGACUGAUUGCAUCAUCCAGCCAGCCCGGCGGCUGGCUCACCUCCGUCCUCUCUUCUCUUCCACCUUCCUCCAUCGACGCUGGUUGAUGGACCACCUUCCCUCAUCAUCCUUUUCAUCUUCGGUUGUCCUUUUUGUUUAUUUUUCAUUCAUCGGCGGUCACUAGACUCUCUUCGAUUGACCACACAAUGCGCCUGUCCCUUGCGGUGCUGGCCACCGCCCUUCAGGCGACCGUCGGCAUUGCAUCCAGCUUGACGCCGCCGGUCCUGCCCCUGACCGUGCGCAAUCCCUAUCUAAGCACCUGGCUGGGAAAUGCCCGGGACGUUCCCUGGUCCAAAUGGCCUAUGUUCUACACGGGCGAGGAGGUGGGCCUGUCCCUGAUGGCCCACGUCCCCAGCACCGGCACCGUAUAUCCGUUGUUGGGCAAGCCUCAUGAAUCCCUGUCCGGAUCGUUGCAAGUCGACUAUCCCACCUAUCUCGGGGCCAACUACGACGCGUCUACCACCAAUCUGACCUACCGCAUUGAACCCUCCACCUCGGCUUUCCACCCUCUCGAGAUCACCGUCUCUUUCUUAUCUCCCAUUACGCCCACAUCGACUCUGCGGCAGUCGAUCCCUGCGUCAUAUGUCACAAUUCAUGUCCACGGUGAUGUGAGCGUGAACGUCUAUAUCGAUAUCAAUGGCGCCUGGGUGAGCGGAGACGCUGGAAGUCAGAUCGCUUGGGAGUAUGACGGGUUCGAUGCUAAGGACAACACACCCACCCUGCGGCGAUGGCGCUUCCAAAGAGAGACGGAGAUGCUGUUUUCGGAGAUCCGCGAUCGUGCUGAAUGGGGCACCAUUCAUUUCACCGCGCCUGCUGAUGUUCAAUAUCAGUCUGGUGAGGCCUCAGCUGUGAGACAGACGUUCCUGAAUCAAGGAGUCCUGGACAACGUAAAUGAUCAGGUAUUCCGUGCAAUUGGAGACCGAGAGCCGGUCUUUGCGUUCUCCAAGUCAUUCGUUUUCUCUCGGAGAGACGGUCCGACCAGUGCCAGCGUGACCUUCAGCAUUGCCCUGAUCCAAAACCCCGUCGUGCAAUAUGCCUCUGCACGUGGCCUGACCCUGAUGCGGCCCCUCUGGGAGUCAUGGUUCCCUAGCGUCGACUCUCUCCUGAGCUUCCACUACCACGACUUUUCCAAAGCGAGUGUGUUGGCCUCCAACUACUCCCAACAGCUGUCCAAGGAUGCCUAUCAGUCGGGAGCUCAUGACUAUGUCGAUAUCGUGGCACUGUCGGCCCGACAGGUGAUGGGUGCAACCACCUUUGCGGGAACACCUGAUAAUCCCAUCUUGUUUUUGAAAGAGAUUUCAUCCAACGGGAACUUCCAGACAAUUGAUGUCAUCUUCCCUGCGUUCCCAUUCUUCCAGUAUACCAACCCCCGGUGGCUGGCAUACCUCCUGGAGCCGUUGAUCGAGCACAUGUUGAGUGGUCAGUAUCCGAACACAUACGCCAUGCAUGACUUGGGAACCCACUUUCCUAAUGCCACUGGACAUCCCGAUGGAAAUGAUGAGUAUAUGCCAGUGGAGGAAUGCGGUAACAUUCUUAUCAUGGGCCUGGCCAUCGUGAACUCGCUGCGUUAUGGCGAAGAUUCAGCCGCAUCGUCCAUAUGGUCAGCGCAGGGCGCAAUGCCCGUACUAUCCGAAGAUCAUCUCGGGUACCUGCCUCUUGGUGAUCUCCAGGUGUUGGGUGGUAUUGACAAGCAGGACGGAAGAUGGGGUGGUCCUUUGCAAGGUCAUUUCCUCGCUGAGAAAUGGCUCAAGCGCAGCUACCGUCUCUGGAAGCAGUGGACUGGCUACCUUGUGGAGUUUUCCCUGGAGCCUGAGAACCAGCUUUCGACGGACGACUUCGCCGGCUGGCUAGCGCUUCAAACGAACUUGGCGCUUAAAGGCAUCAUCGGUAUCAAUGCCAUGAGCAAGCUGGCCCAGGUGGUUGGAGAGGCCGACGACGUCUCAUAUUACAAGAAUAUCUCGGACACCUAUAUUGCCAAAUGGGAGGAGCUUGGCAUGUCUCGAGACCAAACACAUGCGAAGCUCGCUUACGACUGGUACGGAUCGUGGACCACCAUCUACAAUCUGUAUGCCGAUGCUCUGCUGUGCUUCCAUCUGGAGGGCACUGGUGUCUUACCAGUGCCCGCAACAUCCUACACCCAGAAGCCUCUCCAACCUCACCCCCACAAGACCGGCUUCGUGCCCCGGCACAUCUACCAACGACAGUCCAUUUGGUAUCACAAUGUUCGUCAAAAGUACGGUCUCCCUCUAGACAGCCGGCAUUUGUACACCAAGACCGAUUGGGAGUUCUUCUCCAUGGCCGUGGCUAGUGAGAACGUCCGCAGCGAGGUUCUCGAAUCCGUGGCCAAAUGGAUUAACGAGACAAAUACCGACCUUCCUUUCACCGAUCUCCACAACACCGAGGGCCAGGGCGAGUUUCCAGGGCCAAACUUUUAUGCUCGACCAGUUAUCGGCGGCCACUUUGCCUUCUUGGCCCUGCAGCGCGCCUGUGGGGGCCGCGCGAUGGAGGGACUAGCCUAUCUGGACGGUGGGAACAACGUGUUCUCGACCAGCACAUUGGAGGAAUGGGAAAAGGCCGCAGCCAGAGCUGUCGGACAGUCCCAGCCAUCGUCUGGACCCGAGGAACCCGACGACAGUGGCUAUGAACACGGCUAUGGGUCUGAGAGUCUGGAACUGUGAUCGUCGGUCCUUACCUUAUACAUAGCGCAUCUACUCUGAUGUUCCGAGCAAGUGGAUGAGAACCAUUGCAAUCUAGGUACAACUUGACCAUUCUACAAUUUGAGCUAUACAUGCAAAAGAAGUCAAGAUUGCUUCAGCAAACCAUUGGACUAAAAUCAAUCUAUACAUACCAACCACUCGGAUACAUACCUAUACGGCGUAAUUCUCACCAAUACCUACCUGCUCCAACCUUGUCUUGGCAGUCAGCAAUCAAAUCACG